AUGCCAACCAUGCGCUCUCAGCGCCGCCUAAAGAUCUUUUCCAUAGCCGUGCUCCUCGUCGUCCUCACAACCCUCUACCUAACCUCCGCCGCACGCCACACCCGCGACUCAGCCUUCUACACGCGCACCCAGAGCGCUCUCAGCGAUCGCGAGCGCUCCGCCAAUGCUAUUGUUGAGCCCAAUCUCGCCACCGACGACGAUGUCAGCAAGCGCCUAAAGGCCGCAGAGGACAAAGCCAAGAAGAGCGCCAACAACAAGGGCAACCGCAUCCAGGAAGUCGUCGCCGCCGGCGACGCAGAGAAGGAGAAGGACAGGGUCAGCGGCAAGACCAGCCAACAGAACGCGAGGGUCGAAAAGGACACCAAGGUUGGCGAGCACGAUGAAGUCACCGGAGAGAGGAGCGUCGCUGGCCGUGUCAUCAUGAAGGAUAGCAAUAAGGCGUCCGACAGCGUUGACGGCGUCGCCAAGGUGGGCAAUGUCGGCGAUAGCGUCAAGGCCGCCGCCUCUUCCAAGGCCACCAGCGGCUCUGACGCCGACGAAGAGACGCAGGAGGAGCACGAGGCCGAGCUUGAGAUCAACGACAUUCUCAAGAAGAGUCCUAUCAUCAUCUUCUCCAAGUCGUAUUGCCGCUUCUCUGCAAAGGCCAAGAGGAUUCUGCUCGAGGACUACUCCAUCACUCCGGCGCCGUACGUCGUCGAACUUGACCAGCACCCGCUCGGCUCCGCGAUCCAAGCUCAGCUCAAGAAGUCCACUGGCCGCUCAACCGUGCCUAACGUGCUCAUCAAUGGUAGAAGCAUUGGCGGUGGCGACGAUAUCGAGGCUCUACACCUUAAUGGCAAGAUUGAGGAGACGGUCCGCAGCAUGGGCGGCAAGCGCAUAACUGAGGCAAGGCGCGCCGCUGCGGCUGCCGCAGACAAAGAAAGUCUGAAGAGGAAGAGGGUCAAGCGCACUCUGAUUGCCUAA